GCCAAGUUCUCAAUUUUCCGCCUACCUUAUGUACUACUUGAACCCGAAUCUGGCGGAUCUUGGCGAAUGCACUUAUUUGCAAAUCACUUUGGCCUUCACGGGAGACUCACCUUGAAUCCAGCUGAAUCUCUCGUUUACGCUGGUUUUUCAGCUGGGUUCCAGGGUCCUCAACCAAAGCCUUUAGCUCAAAAGCCUAACUGCAAGGCAGCGGUGUUUGGCGGAAAAUGCGAGUGCAUUACCAUUUCUACGGGACAAGUCGUCACAUGUUCCAACCCCCAACCUGGAGAACUAGGAGACUGUGUUCGUCAGACGUCUAACCAGUGA